GGCAACAGCGUCUCCCUGUCAGACUCUUCACAUCACAGUGGGUUUCUAGAUCAGCUGCAGAAAAGCAUUCAUAACUAGAGAUUUAAGAUCUUUAACUUGAAAAGAAAAAAGGAGUAAAGGGGGGGAAAAGGUGACGAAGAAAACAGAAGAGAAUAAGCUCAUUUGCUGAACCAAAGAGCGACCACACAGGGAUAUUUUUGGUAUUUCCACUUUUAAACAUCUGCACAGGUUGGCCUCCAGAGACAUGGAUAUCCUCAUGAAUGAGGAUUUCAGUGAGACCGGUAACAACAGCCAUGCAACAGGACUAGAGAGACUAGAAGGCAGCAAAGGCCAAGCGCUUAACCACAGUGACCCCCUGGACAUGUUUAUAGGCAUGGAGCUUCUUCUACGUUUUAAACCUCUCUUUCUGCCUCUCUACUGCCUCGUAGUGGUUGUGGCUGGCGUUGGAAACUCCUUCCUGUUGGCUUGCAUCUUGUCUGACAAGAAACUACACAAUGCCACCAACUUUUUUAUCGGUAACUUAGCAGCUGGAGACCUGCUGAUGUGUUUGAGCUGUGUACCACUGACUGCGUCUUAUGCCUUCGACAGCCAUGGUUGGGCUUUUGGAAGACCUCUCUGUCACCUGGUGCCCUUGCUGCAAUGUGCCACAGUGUUUGCAUCAGUGCUUUCACUCACUGCCAUUGCUGUGGACCGCUAUGUUGUUGUAGCUCACCCAGUACGUAGGAGGAUCUCUGUGUGGGGUUGUGGUGCAGUGACUCUGGGUGUUUGGUUUUUAUCUCUGGCCCUAGCUGCACCUCCGUCUCUCUACACACGUUAUCUCGACCUGCGACCCAGUGGCAUCAACCUGGUGGUGUGUGAAGAGUUCUGGCCGAAUAGUGGCAAUCUGAGGCUGCUCUACUCCUGCUUCAUUCUCAUAGCCUCCUAUAUGAUUCCACUGCUGUCAGUCAGCAUAUCCUACUGUGCCAUCACUGUGAGCCUAAAACGCUAUUCUGUACCUGGAGAGCCAUCCAACAGCCAGCAGCGCUGGAGCCAAAAGAGGAAGAGGAUCUUCUCUCUGCUGGUAGCCUCAGUGCUGGCCUUUGCCCUGUGUUGGCUGCCUCUGCAGGUGCUGAACUUGUUGCUGGACCUGGACCCAGACUUCCACAUCAUAGGCAAGCGCUACAUAAACGUCUUACAAGUCUGCUGUCAUUUAGUGGCUAUGAGCUCUGCGUGUUACAACCCCUUCAUCUAUGCCUCACUGCACAGCAAGAUGCGUAUGCACCUGAAAGGCUACCUCUGUCCUUGUCGCAAUCGCCAGAGAGGGAUGGUGGAGAGAGCGAUGUCCAGGAGCUGAAUUCAGUUCAAGUUGUGCAUGCUAUGAUACAACAGCUGUAGAAGCUCCUGACAUGUAGAGCCCCCUCCUUUCCCACAAGCCAACAGCUGUACCCCUAACACCGAUGUUAAUGUCUGAAGUGUUCAGGAGAAAAUAAGACAACUGCUCAACAUUCAUUUCUCCACGUAUUUCAAGCAUUUUGUGACUUGACAUUUAUUCCCCAAUUGUACAGUGUCAUCAGAGGCAGUGCUAAAUAAGGGCACUUAUGACAAACAGGCGAAGAAGCAGAUCCACACCAGAUUGUAGUUUUGCAUAAUGAUGAAGAAGAUUAACCCAUCCAUUGGGAUCCCUGUGUUUUUCUUGGACCAAGCUCCUGGCAUAGACACUAAGCAGAUCUCGUAGCCUUAAAAGGGCUAGCAGUGGAAUAAACAGACCCCCAGGCUCUUGGGCUUAUGCCGGAGGCUGAGAACAGGGGUGGCUACACUGGUUGCAUGUCCUGGUUAUAUUUAUACAGUUAGCACUUGACUUCAGGGAGCUGACCGAACAUUGAACUCGCCUCACCAGACAUGGAUUCCCGACCAAGAAAAGGGUGUGCAAAAGACACAAUGUGAUUUAUUUUGUCUGUGGUGCUAAAUGUCUGUGUUUCAAAAUCAUAUAAUAAUAGUUAUGCCUCUUUUGUAUUACCUAUAAAGUUUAUUAUGUUGAAAUACAUGUUGCCUGCUAUUUUUAAUGUUAUUAUGUAGUAUUUAUCGGCUAUGAUUUGGCUCCACAGUAGGACUUGUCAACUGUGCACAAAUAUAAAUCCAUUUGUGUUUGUGCAUACAUAAGUAGCGUGUACAGUUUGUGUGGACCUUAGUGGAAAAGAUCAAUAUGUACAGCAGCUUGUAUUGUCACAUUCAAACCUCUGUUUGUAAAAUGUA